AUGCCUGACUUUGAAGCGAAGCCAGAGGCCGGCGAUGCGCAAAAGGAUUGGCGCGAGGAAACCAACCAGCUCCCUUCCUUCUACUCACCCCGGACGAAAGCCCUCGAUCGUCCCUCCAACAAUGCCGAGGGAGAAGAUGCCGCCUCCAACCAGGAGGCCGAAGAACUAAACUUGUCCGACCCCGCCGCUCCCGUGAGCGCCGAAGACGACGCCGCCUCCACGACGACCACCAACGCUCUGCCUCCCCCGCCCUCCCUCCUUUCGCCCGCUUUCACACCUCCCGCGACCCCCGGCACAUCAACGCCACUCACCGGCACCGAAGCCCCGCGUGGCGUGCCCGUUGACAGCUCAAUUCCCUCGGGUGGCUGCGGAAGCAAGCGGCCCCGCCUUCUCGAGACCUUGCCCGAGGUGCAGUGCAUCGUACGAGCUCGCAUCCCCACCGUCACCGGCACCGAGAUGUUCCUGCACCUGUACACGAACAACGUCGACAACAAGGAGCACUUGGCCAUUGUCUUUGGCCCACACAUCCGCAGCAAGUCUCUGGAUGCGCCGCGGCCCGGCGAGACCGAGAUGGACCGCAUGGUGCGCGGCGCAUACACCGGCCGUCUCUUCCCUGGUCGGACGACCAGCGGCAUGUCUGGCGGCGUCGCCACCCCCGUCGGCGAGGAACCCCCCGCCCAGCGCGGCCCUGCGCUCGUGCGCAUCCAUUCAGAAUGUUACACCGGUGAGACGGCGUGGUCCGCGCGGUGCGACUGCGGCGAGCAGCUGGACGAGGCCGCCAGGCUGAUGAGUCUCCCCGGCAACACCAGCGGCGGCAUCAUCAUCUACCUGCGCCAGGAGGGUCGCGGUAUCGGUCUUGGCGAGAAGCUGAAGGCGUACAACCUGCAGGACCUGGGUUCUGAUACCGUCGAGGCCAAUCUGCUCCUGCGCCACCCUGCCGAUGCCCGCAGUUACGGCCUCGCGACGGCCAUGCUGCUGGAUUUGGACCAGCACGAGGUGCGGCUGCUGACGAACAACCCCGACAAGAUUCGGGCGGUGGAGGGCCCCAACCGCGAGGUCAGGGUGACUGAGCGCGUGGCCAUGGUGCCGCUUUCGUGGAAGGGCAGGGGAGGAUUCAGAAGCCAAGAGGUCGAGGGCUACCUAAAGACAAAGAUUGAGAAGAUGGGUCACAUGCUUGAUAUGGGCGGCAUGCCCUCAUGA